AUUCAAUAUUCAUCAACCUCUACUAACGACAUUGAGCGUGGCAGUGAGGUGAAGGGGCAACUAACUAGCAAUCCAAGCUGUGUCUACCACUAUUAAGAAACGAUUCUUCCUGCCAGGGAUGUGUAGCUCAUAAUCUGUUUCGUAGUUAGAAGAUUGUCUAAAGCACACAACAAUUCAAAGGAAAGAAAAGAAAUGGCAGACGCGCUUGGGGUCUGCAAUGCGUGUGGAUCGCGGACAAGGUGCUCAUACAAGCAUGCCACAAUCGUUAUCUGUUGCUUAAAUGUGGUCACACUCAUUUUCCUGCUACAGGCGUUGCUGGCUCCUUUCUAUAGAAAAUCUCAGAUGCGUCAGGGCAUCCCAGAGCGUGCAAAGUUUGUAACAGCAGGUGAAGAAAUUCGUCGAGCUAUGGAACCUAUGGAUCUUAUUAAAAGAAUUAAAGAACUUCAACUAGAGUCAGAAUCUGCAUCAGAGAACCAAAUACAAAGGAAAGUAUCAAGGCAAAACAACGCUGCUGAGAUUUCAAAGCGUCUUAAUGAUUUGCGAUCAUCUACUGACCAAAAUAGUCAAAAAGCUCUGGAGGAAUGGCGCAAAAGGAAAAUGGAACGGGCAAAGAAACGAGAAAUGGGGAAAAAUGCUACAAGUACCAAUACAGGGGUAAUAAGAGAAAAGCACUAGCUCAUGAAAAAUCUGCAUUUCAGUUCUUGUUUAAGAGGAUUAUUAGUUUGGUAGCCUAGUAAAAGGAUUUGACUUCAGCAAUUGAAUUCUAAAGCAUAUUCCUGAUUAUCACUAUGAGCUUGAUAUUGUUCAAAUUGCACUUUGGCCUGUACUUAUUUUUUUAAUUCUGUUGAAAAACAUACAUUUUUUUGAUUGUUUGGGGACUUUUUAGUCAUA